AGAAGAAGAAGACUGAAAAUCUUCCAAAGACAAGAAGUGUCGGCAGCCACUGCGCGCCAUUAACGCCACAAAACCGCCCAUAAAUACCACCUCUCAACCCACCCAAAACUACCACUCCUUUCACAAUGUCUCCAUCUGUGAGGACCCAUUGCUCUCUCUUCUUCUUCUUCUUCUUCUUCUUCUCUUUCUCUCUCUACUCUGCUCAAAACGCCCCAUUUUCCAGCGCACAAUGGCAGCAAGCCACUGCAACCUGGUAUGGUAGCCCUGAUGGCGAUGGAAGUGAUGGUGGAGCUUGCGGCUAUGGAACACUUGUAGAUGUGAGGCCACUGAAGGCUCGAGUCGGGGCGGUGAGCCCGGUCCUCUUCAAGGCUGGCGAGGGCUGCGGCGCCUGCUACAAGGUGAAAUGUCUCGACACGAACAUGUGCUCGAGGCGGGCCGUCACCAUUAUCGUCACCGAUGAGUGCCCGGGUGGAUACUGCUCCGGCGGGAAGACACACUUCGAUCUGAGCGGCUCCGCCUUCGGGCGCAUGGCCGUCGCCGGGAAUGGCGGUUCACUGAGGAACCGAGGCGAGAUUCCGGUCAUUUUCAGGAGAACCAAGUGCAAGUAUCCAGGAAAAAACAUUGCCUUUCAUGUAAAUGAGGGAUCAACAGAGUAUUGGCUCUCACUAUUGGUCGAGUUUGAAGACGGGGAUGGUGAUGUUGGAUCCAUGCAGAUCAAAGAGGCCGGUUCAGGGACAUGGUUGCAAAUGUCUCAUUUGUGGGGGGCAACCUGGUGUUUCGUGGGGGGUCCACUUUCAGGUCCCUUGUCUGUGAAAAUAACGACUUUAUCAAGCAAAAGAAGUCUCUCUGCAAGGGACGUUAUUCCCCGUAACUGGUCUCCCAAGGCCACUUACACUUCUCGCCUUAACUUUUUCUAAUAUUUUCUGAAGUACCCCUCAAUCACAAAAAAACUAAAAAGACAAAGAGAGAGGGGAAAAAAGGAAAAGGAAAGUAGCCGUUGGGAUGUUUUCAAGUAGUCGUUAGUCAAGUGAGCUUGUAGCCGUUGAACUAAGGGAUCUAGACCCCUCUCUCUCUCUCUAGAGACCCACUUACCUUACAACAAUCUCUCUCUCUCUCUUACUUCAAUCUUAUUAUUAAGUGGACUCUCUCUCUCUCUCUCUUACUUCAAUAUUAUUAUUAAGCGAACUCUCUCUCUCUCACCCCCCUAAUUUGGGUCUCUAUCCCUGUUUUGGGUCUCUCUCUCUCUAGGAUUCUUAUUAAGUGGGUUCUCUUCUUUUUUUAGUGCAACCAAAACCCUUGGCCCCUAGUUUUUCCUUAGUUUCUCCAUUUUGGGUCUCUCUCUCUCUAUCUCUAACCUUGGUUUGGGUGUCUCUCUCUCUAGGGUGGGGGUGAGUGGUCCCAAACCCUUGGCCCUUGUGGGGGUGUGAAUGGUCCCAAACCCUUGGUCCUUGUUGGGCUUUUGUUUUUAGUAAUAGGCCCCUUUUCUAACCUUGGUCUCUCUAUUUUUUGGGGUUUAUUUGUGGGAAUAAAAUAAGGUUUUGGGUUUUGGAUUGUUGUUAAAAGGUUGUAAAAGUUUGUAUUUGAUGCCGGCCCUCCUAAGGAGCGAGCAUGGCCCUUUGCAAUGUUCAAUGAAGUAGCAUUUGUCUUUCCUUCA